AUGAGCAUUGGCAAAUUAAAGAACAAGAUAUCCAAUCAAAGGAGGUAUCACAAAAGCCAAAAGCUCGACGUCAAUAAUGCUUUCCUCCAUGGAACGCUUCAGGAAGAAGUUUAUAUCUCACAACCUCCCGGGUUUGUCGACAAGGACCGUCCUCACUAUGUGUGUCGUUUAAACAAAGCGUUAUAUGGUCUGAAGCAAGCGUCGCGCGCAUGGUAUCAAGAACUCAAGACGUAUCUGUUGCGACUGGGCUUUUACAAUUCUCUGGCUGACACAUCGGUGUUUGUUUAUCGUUCUGGUCGGGACGUGGUUUACACGUUGGUCUAUGUUGACGACAUUAUCGUCACCGGUAGCACCAAUCGUCUCAUUGCCGGUUUCAUUGACGCAUUGGCUGAGCGUUUUUCUUUAAAAGAACCGACCGACUUGUACUAUUUUCUUGGCAUCGAAGCAACUCACACUAGCAAGGGACUUCAUCUUAUGCAGCGAACGUACAUUAUUGAUCUCUUAACAAAGACUAAUAUGCUGAAUGCUAAACCUGUGUCCACACCAAUGGCUCCGGAACCAUCACUUACGCUUCACACCGGCCAACCUCAUGACAACCCGACGGAGUAUCGCAUUGUUUUAGGGAGUUUGCAGUACUUGGCAUUCACCCAUCCUGAUAUUGCGUUUGCCGUGAACCGCCUAGCACAGUUCAUGCAUUCACCUACGGACAUACAUUGGCAGGCGGCUAAACGGAUUCUCCGAUAUCUCGCCGGUACUGGUGGUGAUCGCGAGGACCUCAUCUCCACAAAUGCAUAUGUUAUUUACAUUGGUACCACUCCGAUCUCAUGGUCCUCCAAGAAACAGAAGAGGGUUGCUCGCUCUGCUAUAGAAGCUGAGUAUAGAGCUGUCGCAAAUGCAACUGCCGAACUCAUCUGGAUAUGCUCUCUUCUAACUGAACUUGGUGUCACUUUACCUGUUGCUCCGAUUGUGUAUUGUGAUAACGUUGGUGCGACCUACCUUUGUGCUAAUCCAGUUUUCCACUCACGCAUGAAGCAUAUUGCUAUUGAUUAUCAUUUCAUCCGGGAAAGAGUAAUCUGGUGCUCUCCGCGUCACUCAUGUUUCGACGGAUGA